CGGAGGAGGCAGCGGGAGCCGCCGGGGCCGCGGGAGACGCGAUCCGGGCGCCGCGCACAGGGGGUGGGCGCCGCUUGCUCCGCCCCGCGAAGCCCCUGCUCGCCCAGGGACGUAUCUCCCCCGCGGCCGCCGCGCCGGGCCCCGCCGUGUGGCCGCCGCCGCUGCCAUGUCCCCGGGGAAGCCCGGGGCGGGCGGAGCGGGGACUAGGCGGACUGGCUGGAGGAGGCGCAGGCGGAGGCGGCGGCUGGAGGCGGUGAGCAGGGCGCCCGGGAUCGGGCGCACGGCGGGGCCCGACUCGCGCGGCCCGGGCACGUUCCAGGGCGCGCGGGGCAUGAAGCCGGCGGCGCGGGAGGCGCGGCCACCUCGGCGCUUGCCCCGGCUUCGCUGGGCGCUGCCGCCGUUGCUGCUGCUGUGUCGCUUGGGCCAGAUUCUGUGCACAAGUGACAGCUGUUGUGGUGAGGUUUCAUUCACAUCUACAACCACCAAGAUUCAUUUUAGUGAGGUACCAGAAAACAUUUUAGUAAAAAUUGUUCCUGAUUCCAGCGGCCAGAAUCAGCAGAGUUCUCAACAGCCGAGUGACAGGAAGCCUUCAUCUGGAGAGCUGGCUCCUGGGGUGAACCAGCUCAAUGUCACCUAUUUAAAUAGCUCUAGUAUCUGCUGCCCACAAGAACUGCAAACACAACACAGUUCUGCAUUUGACAUUGAAGUUGGUUCCAUUAGUUCAACCAGUGUGAGCCUAACAUGGAAAAACAACGAUUCAGCUGCUUCUACUUACAUGCAUAGAAUGAAGAAUGAGACAGAACAUACGUUGCAGAUUCCUGUUGCAAAUCACACAAGCAUAAACAUCACAGACUUAAGUCCAGCUACUUCAUAUACAUUGUCCAUCAUUCCACAAGUAAACGGGCAAGUGAGAAAUGCCGUGAACAUAACUGUCACAACAAAGCCUCUUCUAGUUUCUGAUCUUCGUGUUGUCUCUGUGGGUAUGAGGAACGCUUCUCUUGCCUGGAAGAAUGACAAUGGCACUGCCACCUGCUGGAUACUCCUUGAAGACACUGGAAGCCAUAGAGUCAAUACAAAGCCAGAGAGUCAAUACAAAGUCUUGUGUCUUUUAGAACCAAAUGAGACACAGGGAAAGCCCCUGGUUACAGAAAGUGGCUCAGAUGUCACCUGCACAAAGAGCUUGGCCCAGCUACCCGGGAGCCCCAAACAUGAACUCGAAUCUGCAGACCCAGCCUCCGUCCAUCCUGUGGACGGAAGAGACACGGAAGUCCUGCUUCUUGGGUUAAAGCCUGGCACACAGUACAAGGCCACUGUUGAUUGUGGAGCACCAGAUGGCACCAGCUUGCUCCCGGCCACAAACUUCAGUACAUACCUCAGUCAGGUUUUGGAUGUCAAAGCUGCAAACAUCCAUGCCACGAACAUGACCCUGACCUGGAGAAUUAAUGAUACUGAGUCAUCCUCUGCCUAUACCUACAAGAUAGAAGUUGCUGCGGAGACCGGUUUCCUCAAUUUCAGUGUCAAUGAGACGCGUGCUUUCAUCACCCCACUCAACUCCAGUACAUUAUACAACAUCACAGUGCGUCCUUUCCUUGAUGGCGGUUCGGAGGGCAAACACGGAUUUCUCCAAGUGUACACUCGCCCUUGUCCAGUUUCUGACUUUCGAGUGACGAAUGUCAGCACAAGGGCUAUUGGCUUAGCUUGGAGCAGCCACGACUCGGAUUCCUUUAAGAUACUUACUACACAGAAUGGAAAACAUCUGGAGGAAAAAACCACCAACCAAAGUAGUAUUGUCAUUGGUGACUUAUACCCUGGAACCAAGUAUUGUUUUGAAAUAUUUCCACAAGGACCAAAUGGGACUGAAGGGAUUCCCCAGACAGUUUGCAAUACAACUGACUCCAGCGCAGUGUUUGACAUCUCCGUGGUCAAUGUCACCACAACUGAAAUGACGUUGCAGUGGCAGAGUACAGACAUUGCUUCUGAGUACAUCUAUCAUCUAAGUGUAGAAUCUAAACAUGGCUCUAACCAAACGAACACUUCUCACAAGGAGAUCACUCUCCCGGGCCUGAUCCCGGGCACCUUAUAUAACAUCACGAUCACUCCAGAAGUGACCUCUUCCAGCGGGAAUUCCAGCUUCGUUUCACAGUACACACGGCCCAGCAUUGUGUCCAACAUUGAAAUACAUACUAACACCACAGCGGCAACCUUCACUUGGAAGAACGUUGAUAAUGCCUCUUCCACGUACACCUACCACCUUCUUAUUGAGAAGGAUGGAAGUUCCAGCAAGGCAACACAAGAAGUCACAGGUGCCACGUAUGCUACAGUCACCAAAUUGAUCCCUGGCUCAUCGUACACAGUAAAGAUCUCCACCCGAGUGGGGGACGUUGAGUCCCUGGCACCUGGCUGGCAGUCAUUCUGUACAGAUCCUUCCCCAGUGGCCUCUUUCCUCUGUGAAGUGGUCCCCAAAAAGCCAACUUUGGUUCUCAAGUGGGCCUGCCCUUCCGGUAUCAACACAGGCUUUCAGGUGGAGAUCAGCAGAGGAGACUGGAAAAAUACAACAAACCUGGAGGGCUGCUCCUCGAAGAACAGCACUGAGUACAGGACGGACGUCACAUAUUUGAAUUUUUCUACCUCGUAUGAUAUCAAUAUCACUGCCUUGUCCUGUAACAAGACGGCACUUCCCACUCUAAAUACCUGCUUCACAGGCAUCACAGACCCCCCUUCUCCAGAUGAAUCUCCUAAUAUUACAUCUGUCAGUCACAAUUCAGUAAAGGUCAAGUUCAGUGGGUUUGAAGCCAGCCAUGGACCCAUCAGAGCCUAUGCUCUCAUUCUCACCACGGGGAACGCUGUUGAACCGUCUGCAGAUGCUUUGAGAUAUACGUAUGAAGAUUUCAAAAAAGGGGCCUCGGAUACUUAUGUGACAUACCUCAUAACAACAGAAGAAAAGAGACAUUCUCAGGGCUUGUCUGAAGUCUUAAAAUAUGAAAUUGAUGUUGGGAAUGAAUCAACAACACACAGCUACUACAACGGGAAGCUGGAGCCCCUGGGGCGCUAUCGGGCUUGUGUGGCCGGCUUCACCAACAUCACCUUUAACCCUAACAAGGACGGACUCAUAGAUGGGGUUGGGAGCUACGUGUCCUUCAGUCGCUAUUCAGAGGCCGUUUUCUUGCCCCAGGAUCCAGGUGUCAUCUGUGGAGCAGUUUUUGGAUGUAUCUUUGGUGCCAUGGUUAUUGUGGCUGUUGGAGGCUUCAUCUUCUGGAGAAAGAAAAGGAAAGAUGCAAAGAACAAUGAAGUGUCCUUUUCUCAAAUUAAACCUAAAAAAUCCAAGUUAAUCAAAGUGGAGAAUUUUGAGUCCUACUUUAAGAAACAGCAAGCUGACUCCAACUGUGGGUUUGCAGAAGAAUACGAAGAUCUGAAGCUUGUUGGAAUUAGUCUACCUAAAUAUGCAGCUGAACUGGCUGAAAAUAGAGCAAAGAAUCGCUAUAAUAAUGUUCUGCCCUAUGAUAUUUCCCGUGUCAAACUUUCAGUCCAGACCCAUUCAACUGAUGACUACAUCAACGCCAACUACAUGCCUGGCUACCAUUCCAAGAAAGAUUUUAUUGCCACACAAGGACCUUUGCCUAACACUUUGAAAGAUUUCUGGCGUAUGGUUUGGGAGAAAAAUGUAUAUACCAUUGUUAUGUUGACCAAAUGUGUCGAACAGGGAAGGACCAAAUGUGAGGAGUACUGGCCUUCCAAGCAGCCUCAGGACUACGGGGCCAUAACUGUGGCGAUGACAUCAGAAAUUGUUCUUCCUGAAUGGACCAUCAGAGACUUUACAGUGAAAAAUAACCAGACAAGUGAAAGUCACCCCCUGCGACAGUUCCACUUCACCUCCUGGCCUGACCACGGCGUUCCCGACACCACGGACUUACUCAUCAACUUCCGGUAUCUUGUUUGUGACUACAUGAAGCAAUGUCCCCCCGAAUCGCCAGUUCUGGUGCAUUGCAGUGCGGGGGUUGGAAGGACGGGCACUUUCAUUGCCAUCGAUCGUCUUAUCUAUCAGAUAGAGAAUGAGAACACUGUGGAUGUGUACGGGAUUGUGUAUGACCUUCGAAUGCACAGGCCUUUAAUGGUGCAAACAGAGGACCAGUAUGUUUUCCUCAAUCAAUGUGUUUUAGAUAUUAUCAGAUCCCAAAAGGACUCAAAAGUAGAUCUCAUCUACCAGAACACAACUGCAAUGACAAUCUAUGAAAACCUUGCGCCAGUGACCACAUUUGGAAAAACAAAUGGUUACAUCGCCUAAUUCCAAAGGAAAGCCUUGCUGGAGUUAACUAGACCAUCACACCCACAGAAAGGAAAAUGCCGCGAUGUUGACAUGUUUUUAUAUGUCUAAUAUCUUAAUUCUUUGUUCCGUUUUGUUAGAACGAAUUGAGGGUGUGAAGCUGCACACAUAACACACGACAAAUGAGAAGCUGGGGCUACCAGGGGCUGUGGAUGGGUGGUGAGCAAGUCAGCUACGUUCCUGGUCACCAAUGGGAUGAGUUCACUUUUUUUUCCUUGAGAAUUAUGGAAAACCAGGAAAAGUGAGCUAUGAUUUUUUUUUUCUUUUUCAAAACAGAUUUUUUUUUUAAAGACUAUUUUAUAUGAUCUACAUGCUAACGCCAGGAUUGUGUUGGGUUGAAUAUUUUUAAGUAUCAGAGGUCUAUUUUUACCUACUGUAUCUUAGGAUCUAGCUGAUGGAAAAGACAGAACUGUGGAUAAUUAUCAUGCCGGGAGGGGUACGUGGCACCUCUCCAGCCUGGGUUUUCUAUUUGAACAUGUGCCUUUUCUGAAUUAUGCUUCCACAGGCAAAACUCAGUAGAUUUCUAUAUUUUUGUAUUGAAUCUCAUCAUUGGAAUAUGUGGAAUAUUUAAACAGUAGUUUAGUAUCAGAGGUCCAGCCUUCUCAGUAACAUUCCUGUUCUCAUUUGAUUGGAGGAGGCCUCUCUCCCCACUCCCCCUCCGUCCCCACCCCCACUUUAGUGCUGUAUUCUUUCUUCCUUUUUCCCUCCCAGUUUUCCCCAAAGACACAUCCGUUGGUCACAUUUUCAGCCCACUGGUUGAGUGAGAGUGGAAACUAAAUAUCACCUUGAGAAUUUUGGGUGUUGGGGGAAAGCCAAGGAAUCUUAGAGUGAUGUACUCUCCUUUCCUUGUUCCUGUUUUAUCCUUUUUCUCAUUUCUGUAUUUGGUAAGAAGGAUUAUUUAAAGGUGCAAUAUGUGACUUAGUGAUUCAUGAUACUCUAGGUUUUUAGUAACGUUUUACUCAGGUUGGCAUUUUAUGUGUGUCUGUGUGUCUGUAUAUGUGUGUGUGUUUUUAAAAGCGUGGCAAUUUGUGAACACUUCAGUGUGAAAACAGUGUCAAAUUAAUCCCUCCUCCUUCAAAGUCCACUGGCUUUAGUCUAUCUGCAGUGACACAUAUCGCUAUCUACUGUGUGUGUAUAUAUAUACACAUAUAUGUGUAUAUGUAUACAUUUAUGUAUACUAAACCUUUAAAAACAGUCAUUCCUUUGAACUGAGAUGUACAAAAUUUGAAUUUGUAUCAAAGAUGUAAUUAUUAUUUCUAAAACCUCUUUUCACUAUACUGCUGCUGUAAUUACUUUGAUUUUUUUUAAGUGUAGAUUAACUUUUUUUUUUUUUUUUGCUUCAGGUGUAUAUCCACCAAGAAUUUCAGAAUUUAUGUGGAUUUAUUUUAUUGGUACAUAAUCUGUAAACUCUCAAGGCAUUAACAUGAAAGGAUUUGUCUCUUUUUAUUUUAUAUUGUGGCUCAGGUUAUAUUGUGAAGAAGUUUUGAGUGUAUCUUCCAAUAGGCAAUGAAGUAUACAAGGUCUUAUGAAGGAAUUACCAAGUCCCUGGAAGCCUGUGGCCAUUUGCCACAGUCAGAAAUCCUGCUGUAAACUUAGGUCACAUGUUUCCUGUUGAAGACGGGAACGGGGUCUUCUCUGAGUGCCCUGGUCCCUGUUGACCUGUGGGAGCGCGUCUCCUGACCCCGCCAUGCUCCUCCACUCGCCUGCACUUUGGUAACUGACUGGACAUGUGAGGGGUAUUUUAAGGCUGUGAAGGGUGAACCACAAUGUAUGACAGCCCUUGAUUUGGUUCAGAGGUUUAGUGCUGUACGUCUUUCAACCCCCUUCCCCUUUGAGGUACUGAAAGGAUUAAAAGGAGAGGUGGUGGUGGUGUCACGUUUUGGGAGAACCUUUCUUCCCAAAUGGAAAUUGCACUUUUUGCUGAAUCCUUGGCUCCCUUUGGUAAUAAGCUCUUCAUUCAGUAUCAGGCCCCUGGAGGAAUGGGUGAGCCAGGCCAGGCUGGGCCCUCUUGACUCAACUUCAGAGGGCUUUCAGCUCUGUAGGUCUGAAUCAGGGAAGGCAGGCUGUUCUGGGGUGUCGAGUGCAGCUGGGUUUGUGCGGAUUGCUUGCAAACCUUCACACUGGUCGGCCCCCGCAAUGCAGGCAGAUUUGAGAGAGUUCCAGAAUUUCAUUCAGAAGUCUCUGUGCAGGAUGCAGUUCUGUGGGUCACAUCCCUCCCCACUCUAAUUUGUCAGGAAACCAUUGUGAUGGGUGUCUAGGUGUCAAAUCCCAUGGAAAGGCUAAACCCUGCCCUGCCCACAUCGCUGCCAUGGAGAAGUCAGAGGGAAGGACUUGGCUCUAAACAAUCCUUUAAAAUUAAUGAAAGCAACAAUAAUUAUAAACAUAUUGUAUAAAAACUCAAAACACAGAAACCCUCCUCCCUUCCGCCUGGUAUGGGCUUGGGAAAUGGGCCACUCCCGGACGUCAUUCCCAGUCCCAGAGGAAGGCUUGUGCUGGAGAGGUCUGGAUUCCAAAUGGCAGGUCAUAUGAAGGUCACGAUGAUUCUCUGCAUCCUGAAGACGGCUAGGGAGUGGGGCCAGUGGGGUGGUGAGGGUAUUUAUAGCACAGUGAUUGAAAAGAGAAGAUUACUGUGUAAAUAUAUAGGGCAUACGGGUGGGGUUGGUUCAUAGGACAGAGGAAGGUGCUUGUGAGCUCCUGCCCCAAACCCUCCCAGGAACAAAGAACUAAAUUGAGGAGUCCAGUGGAGUCCUGGAGAUGGCGUGAUCACCCUGCUUUAGCAUUUGCCAGUUACGUAGAUAAAGGCAGCCAGGGUGGGAUUCGUGGUCAGUGAAAGGGCUAAAGAUUGGUGGUCAGUGGUUUGGGGGAUUUUGGCCAUUGAUCUCUUCUCCCCAGAACAAGGAUAUUUGGCCCCCAAAGUGAAAUCUAGCGACAACAAGAGGGAAUAACAUUAGAGGUCUAUUCUCUGUGGCCAUGUAGUGACCUCCAGCUAGACUUUGGCAUAAUUGACUCCACUGGAUUUGGGCUUCCUCGAGUCAGAGGCUCCUGGGGGUUGGGGGCAAACUAUGCAGUUGAUUCCUGUUUGCUUUUCACCUGGGAUGAAAAACCCUGCUUUUCUUUUGAAAUGCUUGAUUGUGCUUAUUGAGCUAAACAAGACUCGGUGACUGAUGUUGAUUGUUGAUUUGCCUCAAAAGUCCAAGUUCUGAAUUUUCAGACCAUACAGAGCAGUCGAGUGUUCGACAUACUGUAGCUUUUUUUUCCCAUGGGGCACAUAUGGAUAGGAUGUGUUGAUGUAGACUCUAAAACUGUAAUUUUCUUGUAACUAUUUUGGAAUGAUGCAUAUUUCUAAUGUUUGUUUAUACUUGUACAGAGUAUUGCUGUUGGUUGCUUUUUUUUUGUUUGUUUUUAAGAAAAAAAUGGCCUGAAAAAAUCUUUUUUAAAAAGACUUACAAAUACCAAAUAUAAAAGAUGUCAACA